UAGCGGCGGUAGCGGCGCUGCUCUGCCGGGCUGCGCUGCCCAGCCCCGGGGUUGCGGCGCUGCCGUGGUCUGGGCUCGCCCCGGGCCGGGGGAGGGCCCCGUGCGGGGGCGCAGGAGCCGUGGCCCGGACGGGGUGUGGGUCCUGACAUGUGCUGCCUUCUCCCAGGCUCCGGCUGAGCCGCGGGGAGCCGCGCGGGCCGGGUCUGUGGGGCCCGGCGUUUGCCAUCUCUGUGGAGCUACAAGCGGCAGAUGCUCGGAGGUGUGUUGGAUGCCUCUUUCCUCAAGAGCACUGUGGCAGGCUGGUUAGUGUUCCUUCCUUCCACAGAAGGAGAUGCCUACGUAGCACACGUUGCCAGCAAUUGUACUGAAUACUUUGCUGCUGAACCGGUUGCUCAGGUACCCAGCCUGUCUCUGUUGCUAUGGGAGAUUGGAAGACUAUUACUGUGCCGGUGCUGUCAUCAGAUAGCAAAAAUACAUUUCUAUAUACCUCAGAAGAAAGGACAUCUCCUACAAGCAUGAGCUCACAAGUGCUACGCUUGUCACUGCCUUCAUCCAAAAACAUGCACAGCUUUUUCAGUGCCUUCUGCACAGAAGAGAAUAUUGAACAGAGUAUAUCCUAUAUUGACAGGGAAUUGACAACAUUGGGGUUUCCCUCUAUUUAUGCGGAGUCCAAAGGAAAAGAAUUAGAUUUAGUAGCUAUGGUAAAUUGUAUAAAUGAAUUGCUUGUACUGCAGCACAAGAACCUUCGAGCUCAGGAAGAAAUAGAAAUACAGCAUCUGAAACUGGGAAGUGAUAUGGAUCACUUGCAGAACUGCUAUGCUAAGUUGAAGGAACAGUUGGAAUUAUCUAAAAGGGAAAUAGUUGGGCUUCAGGAAAGAGACAGACAACUGCAAAGCAAGAACAGAAAUUUGCACCAGUUACUUAAAAAUGAAAAGGAUGAAGUUCAGAAGUUACAGAACGUAAUUUCAAGUAGAGCUACACAAUACAAUCAUGAUAUGAAGAGGAAAGAGAGAGAAUAUAACAAAUUAAAGGAGCGCUUACAUCAGUUAGUCAUGAAUAAAAAAGACAAAAAGCUAGCUAUGGAAGUUCUAAAUUAUGUUGGUAGAGCUGAUGGGAAGAGAGGUGCAUGGAGGACUGAUAAGACAGAAGCCAGAAACGAAGAAGAAAUGUACAAAGUUCUGUUAAGUGAUUACGAACAACGCCAAAAACAGCUUUUGCUGGAAAAUACUGAGCUAAAGAAAGUUCUUCAGCAAAUGAAGAAAGAUAUCAUUUCACUUCUCCCACCACAGAAACAAAAACCUAAAGAAAGAUCUGAAGAUGGGCUGGUGCUGUCAGACCAGGAGGAAGAUAUUGGAGAAUUAAAUAAAGAGAAUAUGUGGGAAUUAUCUUGUGAAACUGUGCGGGAGCAGCUUACCAAUAGCAUUAGAAAGCAGUGGCGAAUGCUGAAAAAUCACGUUGAAAAGCUGGAUAACCAAGUGUCACGUGGACAUUCAGGAGCUUUGAAUGAAAAAGAUGUCAUUUCAAGAGAAGACCAUGAGCUAGAAACUGAGAAGCUAGAGUUAGAGAUUCAGCAAUGUAAAGAAAUGAUCAGAACUCAGCAACAGCUCUUACAGCAACAGCUUACAUGUGAUGAUGACACCACUCUGUUACUACAAGACUGCUAUUUGUUGGAAGAAAGAGAGCGUCUUCAGGAAGAGUGGAGACUAUUUCGAGAGCAAAAAAAGAAUUUUGAGAAAGAACGAAAAAGUUUUACCGAAGCUGCUAUUAGAUUAGGACUUGAGAGAAAGGCAUUUGAAGAAGAUAGAGGAGCAUGGCUGAAGCACCAGUUCUUAAGUAUGACUGCUGAUUGCAAGUCUGAAAAUGUGACAACUCCAAGUGCCUUCUUAAGAAGUUCUGACGCAGACAUUCAUUUAGUGAGAUCUGCAUCUCAGCAAAGAAGACCUCCCUCUGUGUCAAGUCCUACUGUUUCCCCAGAACCUUGGGAGAUAUCUCAGUAUAUUACACAAAACAGUGUUGCAUCAGAAAAACCUGCUGCAAAUUACCUGCCAAAUCUGUGGGUGGAAAGUGAUGGCAAAGAAGAAACUGAAGAAUGCACAAAGUCAUGGGAAGACUCUGGACUUGGCACUCUAUGUAGAAACUUGCACAUGGAACAGCUGCCUUAGACUUCUAGGGUUGCCUGCUGGGAUUUUUCUUAGAGACUUAUUCAUAAACUUAUAAUUUUAAAUGAAACAGAAUGCUGUGAGUUUGAUCAUUCUUCUGGAGGAUUAUGUGGUGAUCUGAAUUGUGGUGUGUUUCUGUGUGUGUGCACACGGCUUUUAUUUUUUAGACCAUUUUUUGCCUCUUUCUUGCAAGUCUUGAGAGAAAAUUUAAGACUAUAUAAAAGCUUUGAUAUUUUUCUAGUAACAGAAGCUCUAAUUCUGUGAAUAAAGCAAUGGUCUGAAACUUUGACUGUAAUGAAAUACUGGAUCCUAAUGUUACCUUUCAUCACAGGCAGAGAUAGCACUUUUAGAAAUUGUUUAAUUAUUGGAAACAUUCAUUUAUGUCUCAAGUGUAACUGGCAUUGAAUCCUUUUUUGCCUCGACUUGAAUGUACAGUAUACUGUAGAUUUUUAACAAAACAGGUUCUAUAUUUAUUGUGUGAUUUGAAAAUACCUCUUUGAUAUCUCAAUGAUUUAAAGUGCAAAAUCUUUAUAUAUUUGUAAAUAGAACAAGUGGUUAUGCUGAGAAACCAUGAAAUGAAACACAUACAUACAUAAAUAUUAUUUUACAUGUCAUUUUAAAUUGUUUUCUAGUGAUACUCAGUUUACAGAUCCAUUAGGACUUUCAAUGGUUCAGUCAGGAACCAAAGUAUUUAAAAUGUGAACAAUAAACGUGUAAUUCUAUUC